AUGAAGUUCAAGGAUUUAUACUAUGCCACCAAAGGGUUCAAGAAGAAGGCCUUCUCGGAUCAGGCGGGUUUGGAAGCGUUUACAAAGGUGUCAUGCCAAGACGAAGAAGAAGAUCGCCGUGAAAAGAGUCUCAACGAAUCCCGACAAGGGUUGAAAGAGUUUGUGUCUGAGAUCGUGAGUAUUGGUCGGAUGAGUCACCGGAACUUAGUCCCUCUCUUGGGUUAUUGCCGCCGAAAAGACGAGCUUCUUUUGGUGUACGACUACAUGCCCAACGGAAGCUUAGACAAAUAUCUGCACAAUAAUCCAGAGGAAUGGGAACAAGUGGUGAUUCACCGCGACAUCAAAGCCAGCAACGUCUUGUUAGACGCGGAGCACAAUGGGAGACUCGGAGAUUUCGGUUUAGCUCGGUUGUGCGGUCACGGGUCGGAUCCUCUAACCACUCGUGUCGCUGGAACAUGGGGAUACUUAGCCCCUGAUCACAUCAGGACAGGAAAGGCCACGACCGCUACCGAUGUUUUUGCGUUUGGGGUGCUCCUACUUGAAGUAGCGUGCGGUAGACGUCCUAUCGAGAUUCAGAACGAGAGUGAAUGUGAUCAAAGAGAGGUGGAAAUGGUUUUGAAGCUAGGUUUGUUGUGCUCUCACUCCGACCCACAAGCUAGACCAACUAUGAGACAAGUGUUGAAUUAUCUAAACGGAGAUGCAAUGUUACCAGAUUUGUCACCAUUUGGACUUGCGUGGGAACGAGAUGAUGCUGGGAAUCCACACAUAGUUGGUGAGUUAAGUUAUGUCUAA